UUGGGUGAACUUGGCGACGCGUAGUUUGGCAUUUAUAGAAAUGGAGGAGAAAGAAUCUUUGAAGAGACAGAUCGAACUGUUACAAAGUCUCAUCAAUAACCACAAGAGUAUCCAUGGCAACGCCCCAUCAGUUGCGGGUCAGUGGCAGAAUCCUGCGCCCUCUAGAGGCAGAGGUCAUGGUGCUCAGUUUCCCCACUCUUAUCCCACUCGGCCGGAGCUGUAUGCACCCCGGCCUGUGGGACACUGGAGGAAGAAGUACUCCCUCAGCAACCGGAGUGUCACUGCAUCAAGCGACCCAACAAAUCCCUCUUCUUCUGGCUCAAGCCUUGGACAAGAGGGCCCCCUAGUGACGGCGCAGCCACCAACCAUGUCUGGUAGCUCUCAGCCUGCCCCUAUCACAAGUACCGAUCAUUCUGCAACUAUAACCAAGGAGCCAAGCAGUAAGGGAAUAAAGGGAAGGUCCCCUGUAUGUACUGCUGGUCUCCCAGAAGCGACUGGACAGCCAAGCCUGUCUGCAGUGAGCAAGCCCAGCCUAUCGAGGGCUGCUGGUCCCACAGCUGAAGUUACCCCUUUAAUUAGGACUCAGCAAGGCCUCAGGUCUGCAGGCAAGGUGACAUCCAGUGUCCAGAAGCAGGAAGCCCAAAGUGGACCGAGCUUCAGUGUGCCUUUCCUCCUGGGGACUUCAGGCUCCUUGGCUAAGCCCCCAAUGGGCUCUGCAGCUCCUGUUGCUCCUACUCCUCCUCCUCAAGCUCCCUCUGGUCAGCUUCAGCACAAGGUGCCCUCCGGAGCAAAAACAAGUGCUGGCAACCCAGCCCCACUAAAGAGGUCCAAAUUCACCUGGGUGAAGGGGAGCGAGGCGCCGGCCGCCGCCCCCUCCGUUUCGGAAGCUGCCGGGGGCAGAGCGCCAGGCAUCGACAGGAAGCCCCCCCGAAGGCCAAGCCUCUCGCCAGCACAGUGCCGGCUCACCAGUGCCGGGAAGUACACAUGGGUGUCGGCAGUGGCAGGACGGCAGGCGAGGCCAGCCAAGCGCUUGCUGUCCCCUCGGGGGCCAGACGCGCCCGUGAAGAAGCCUAAACCCAGCCCAUCUCAGGCGGCCAAGCCCAGGAGAGGCUCUCUGUCUGGGGCGAGUGCUGCUGCUGCCGCCGCGGCCCAUAGCAGCCGCUACUGCUGGAAGGCGGCCGGCGUGGUGCCUAAGGGCACGAUGGCUAAGGGUGGCGGCUCAAUGUACUGCUGGAAGGCGGCGGGCACUGUAGCUAAGGGCGCAAUGGCUAAGGGUGGCAGCUCCGCGUACCGCUGGAGCUCAGACAGGACACCGCGUGGGACGUCCCCCUCAACCGGCAGUUUCAGACUAAGGAGCCGCACGAAGAUCAUCCGGGGGAAGCCCUAUGGCAGCAGCGUGAGCACAGUUCCGGCUGUGGUGGGCGGCUAUUUCUCAGUGAGGAGGCGGAGUCAGCCAGCUGGGAGGCGGGGCCUGGUCGCUAUCGGGAGGCACAGACUGUGCCGUCUCUCACCGACGGCCUCGCCAGGCCUCUCUAGGGCAGGCCUGUCCUCCCCGACACUACGCAGCCCCACUGCCCUGAGGGUCAUCAAGACGCGAUACAAGAUAGUGACCCGUCGAGGGCUCCCAGGGGCCACACACAGCCCAUCAUACAGCCCUGCUCUCUGCUGGAGGACCAAGAAGGUGCAGUGUGCCAGGACGCUGCUGCAGAACAGGCUCCGGACCCCCCCGGGGCCCCUCCCGGAUCAGGGGGUGCGUCCGUGGAGGGGGAGGGGCAUGCGUUGGAUUGGAGGGGCGCUAUACCGUGUCUCUGCCAACAAGCUGUGCCGCACGGCGUCCCUGGGCUCCCCCACGAUCAGCACCCGGCUCAGAAUCGGAAGGAGCCUUGCUUCUCAGGACCUGCCAGCGUACACCUCCCCCGGUGGCCUGAGCAGAGGCUCCAGCACCAGAUACCUGGCCAGCCGUGCCCUCCAGCGCAGCCGCUCCGUCAUCAGGCACGCCCUGCAGCGACACCAGCGCAGCAAGCAGUACUGCAUGUACUACAACCGCUUCGGGCGCUGCAGCCGCGGAGAGGGCUGCCCCUUCAUCCACGACCCCGACAAGGUGGCCGUAUGCACCAGGUUCUUGCGAGGCACAUGCAAGCAGGCGGACGGCACCUGCCCGUUCUCACACAAGGUGUCCAAAGAGAAGGAGGGGCAGGUCUCGUCACUGGAUUGGCCUUCCCGAUGCCGGUCUGCUCCUUUUAUCUGCGAGGCAUCUGCAACAACAGCAGCUGCCCCUACAGCCACGUGUAUGUGUCCCGCAAGGCUGCGAUCUGCCAGGACUUCGUCCGGGGCUAUUGCCCUCAGGGGGAGAAGUGUAAGAAGAAGCACACCCUGGUGUGCCCCGAUUUCUCCAGCGCCGACGGCUGCCCCCGCGGCUCCAGGUGCCAGCUGCAGCACCGCCUGCCGUCCAAGCGCCCGGGUCAGCGCCAGACCUCCACACCAGCCAGGCGGAACCGCAGACUGGAGAGCCCAGAAAGGUCAGAGGUGGCUGAAUGCAGCCAGGCAGGUGAGCGGACGCCUGCAGAUCCUAACAAGCUGCCAUCGUUCAUCUCCCUGUCCAGCUCCCCGGAAACACCUGAGCCAUCGGACGCAUCCCCUGCUGAGGGGCCGGAGGGCUCCGGUAAGGACCGCACACGUCUACUUAGCAGUCCAGUGUAUAAACAACAAACCGCAGUGUUUCAAAUGAAAGAAGAGCUGGCGUUCUGAUUAAAGAACCAGAUAAAUACCCAGUUCAGUGGGCGUUUAAGAUGGUCCAACAGACCGCAGAGGAGAAUGUAUUGCAGUAUAUUUUAGGGACACAGCCAUGUAAAUGUGUGUAAAGAUGGGAGAGAACAGCAUGAGGUUUUUGGGGGUAUAACCCUCCGAACCUGCCAGCUCAGCUCCCAGAGGAGGAGGCGGUAUUUGUGGGAAAGGAAAGCUACCAUAUUGGGUAUCCACUGUUAUUGGACAGGAUCGGGGGCUGAUGCUGGCUGUCCGGACCCCCUGGCUGCAGUUUGGGGCAGGACUGUGGGGAGCCCUGCUUCAGUGGCCUUCGGGGGGGCGGGACCCGGCAUGGCUAACUCAUAGCUUAGCAAAAGGCCCAUAAUGCACCUGCAUUCGAACUUGGGCUAUCACUAAUGAUUACAUCAAUAAUCAAGUAAUCUACUGAUUAAUCUGAUGAUUAAUCAAUUAAUUGUUAAUAUAUAAUAUAAUAUAUACAUUGCAGUUGCUGCAAGGAAGGAACCAACUAACCCUUGUAGGUUGCCCACUCAGUCACACAUACAAUCAGUUUAAGCACUAAGCACUCCAGUUUACUUAAGUUGCAUGUUUUUGGACAGUGGAAGGAAACAUGCACAUGCAUUUGUCACAUCGUAAGUUCAUGCCAUUUUCACUCAGUCACAGGAAACAAAAUUUAGCAAGCUUUGCAAUUUUAAUGAUAGUUCCGUUUCAUCAUUAUCUAGUACAAAACAAAACAUGCAAUACAUUCACAAAAAAUAGUUAUAUGAUUAUUAUGUACUGUAUUAUGUAAGGUGACAGGCUAUUGUUCGUUUUAGCAGUGAAAAUUUUGACAUGCAGGAAUCGUAGAUUAGAAUUAAGCAAAAUAAUUUGUCAAUGUGAUGACAAAGACAGUCUAGGCCACUCCAACAAACUAAGUGGCUAACUUUGGAUUAUCGGGUGAGCCCGUCAAACCUGAAUGCCUUCAUUUAAGAUGCACUCAAUAUAGACAAACAUAUUGGGACACCUGGCUUUUACACUCACAGGAACUUUUAUGACGUCCCAUAUUGAAUCCAAAGGAGUCAAUAUGAAGCUGGCCCCCCCUUUGCAGUAAUAAAGCUGCCACUCUUCUGGGGAGGCUUUCCACAAGAUUUUGGAGUGUAUCUGUGGGAAUUUUUGCCCAUUCAUCUAGAACAGCGAUUUGUGACACCAGGCACUGAUGUUAACAUGAAGGCCUGGCCUGCAAUCUCCAUUCUCGUUCCUUGCUCAAUGGGGUUGAGGUUAGGGCUCUGUGUGGGCCAGUCAAGUUCUUCGACACCAAACUCACCCAAACAUGUCUUUAUGGACCUUGUUGUGUGUUCUGGGGCACAGGAAAGGACCUUCCCUUAACUGUUCCCACAAAGUUAGAAGCAUAGAAUUGUCUAAAAUGUCUUGGUAUGUUGAAGCAUUAAGAGUUCCCUUCACUAGAACUAAGGGUUUUAACUCAUCCUCUGAAAAACAACCACAUACCAUCAUCCCUCCUCCUCCCAAACAUUACAGUUGGCACAAUGCAGUCAGGCAGGUAAUGUUCUACUGGCAUCUGCCAAACCCAGACUCGUCCAAAAGACUGCCAGUCAGAAAAGUGUGAUUUGUCACUCCACAGAACACGUGGAGUCUAGUGACAGUGUGCUUUACACCACUCCGUCCUACACUUGGCAUUGCGCUUGGUGAUGUAAGGCUUGCAUGCAGCUCAGACAUGGAAGUUCUGGGCUGGGGCUGACUGACUCAUUGCAAAGGUGAUAUCCUUAAAUUCACUUAGCUUUUCAAAACAACCCAUUCUUUCACAAACGUUUAUAACCAUGACUGCAUGGCUAGGUGCUUGAUUUUAUACACCUGUGGCAAAGGGUCUGAAUGAUGCACUUCAAUUCAAUCUUAAGAGGUGUAUCCCAGUACUUUUGCCCAUACAGUCUAUAUUGUCAUAAUGCUUUGCAAUACUGACAGACGACUGCAUUCUUAUUUACUUAUAAUGUGAAUUUCUUCCACUUAUUAUUUGGACCCUCUGUGCUCCGUCUCCCUUCCACCAUAUUGCCGAGUAAAAGAUUUAAUAUCGAGGCUUUUUAAUAAUCAAGAAAUUAAGUUUAAUCAAGUCAUCGUGACAGCUCUAAUUUGAACCUUUGUGCCAGAAACAUGGGGCCAUUCUUAAGUUUGAUUAGCUGAGAGAAAAAGGAGCAUGUUUCUAAUUACGUUUUCCCCCCCUAUAAAGACAGGUCCUCUUUAACGGCUGUUCCUGAGAGGAAGCUUCAGAUUAAGCCUCGUUUCUAGAAUGGGCACAGGGCGUUUCUGGAGGAUGACUUUCCACAGCUCCGCCUCCAAAUUUUGCUGUGGCCCCUCCCCCUGGUAUGUUAGCCACGCCCCUUUUGAUAUUGUUAUUUUACUGUCCUGUCCCAUGACAGGCCUGCUCACCAAAUGAAUUUUAAUUUAUAAACGCUGAAUUAAAAGACAAAUAAAGAUUUUAUUUAUAUAUACUGUUGAUUAAAA